CAGGAGAGAGAGGGUGAGAAACAGUGAGAAUAGUGAUGAGGGAGAGGGGUUGUGGGUAUGAAGAAGAAAUGUAAAAGAGUAAGACAGGAGCAGAGAGUACGACUCCACUUGGGAACAAGAAGCUUUUCAUGGCACUGCCAGUCUCACCCAGUACCAAUCCAGUAGGAAAGAAGCUGAGGAGCAACACUUGAGAAGAUCUCCAGGGCAGUAUGGAGAACCCCCGAGCUGAGAGGAGGAGCAGCAGAGGAGAACACACACACUCAGACCUCCUGCAGGAGGAGCACCAGCAGGACGCCAAGCCUUCAACAUACUACCGAGACCACCACAGAUGCCCGCAGGAGGAGCACUAAAACACACAGGAAGCUGAAGCGGGUACUGCGCGUGGCUGAUGUUCCGGGCCGUGUGCCGGGCCACGGGUUUGGGCCGUGGAGGUCUCGGGCUGCGGUGGCUCAGGGCGAGAGUUCGUCGCAGGAAUGCAGUAGUCUUCCUCCUGCUCUGGCUUGCCUCAUGGCUGUUUCUCAGUGGCCUGCUCUUCGUGCACACCACCAUGUUUUCCGACUUCUGCACGGAUGAUAAGAGCAGGAGGAUCCUCCAAAGACUGUGUGAGGAUUACCAGCAGGGUGUCUUAACAGGUGACCUGUGUGAAGACCUUUGUGUUGACAGCCGUGUGGAAUACAAGCGCUGCCUCUACUACGAGAAUGGAAAGAAGGUCAUGGCGGCCACCUGGCGAGGCGUGCCAAUUGUCCUCAAGUCCAAGCUUGAGAAUUUCUCCUCCUAUGAGGCUAUGGCUCUGCUGGACUACCAGGACACUGCAGGUGAUGUAGGGGCUGAGGAGGAGCUUUCACCCCUGGAUGUGGUGUUUUAUGCAACUUUGCAGAUUAAGAACUUGCUAGGCCUCGAGGCUGGGAGUAACCUGACGCUGCAGAGGCUUUGGGGCCAGAAACUAAAAAAAAGGUCCCAGUCGUACUCGCGGGCUGAGCUGGGCUCGCUCUGGGCUCUGCUGCAACAGGAGGAAUACGCCUUUCUCCGUGUGAUGCAGGACUUGACGGACCACGUGGCCAAGGUGCUGGGCUCCUGUGGUCAUUUUUAUGCAGUGGAAUACCUUGCUGCUGGCCAUGCUUGGGACCAGAAUAUCUUCUCGCUGGAGGAGUUCUUUCAGAGCCCAAAAAGUGGAGAAGAACAGACACAGACGGAAAUAGACAUGGUACCUCAAGUGGCCCUGAGUUUCUUGGACAUGGUGGAUCACUUCGAAAAUGACUUUUCUCAUCGCCUGCACCUUUGUGAUAUCAAAGCGGAAAACUUUGCCAUCAGAAAGGACUUAACGGUUGCCGCUAUAGAUGUGGACAUGGCCUUUUUUGAACCCAAAAUGCAGGAGAUUCUUGAGCAAAACUGCACCAACGACAACGACUGCAAUUUCUUCGACUGCAUCUCUAAAUGUGACACAAAGAGAAACAAGUGUGGGUCAAAACGCAAAAACAGUAAUCUUCAGGUGAUCUGUGAGAAGAUCUUCCGUUCAUGGUUCUCUCCCACGCUCCUGGGGGAUAAAGCAGGACGCCCCCUUCAGGUCGAACUUCAGCAAGCGGUGCAGGAUUGUGCAGAAACAGAAGGAGGAGAAAACGCAGAGCGAGCUCGGAGCAUAAGGGUGCACCUUCAGAGCCUCCUCACGCAGCUCAUCCAGGAGGACUCAUCUAAUCAUCAGAGCCGAAAGCAAGCACACACAAAACGACGCAUUCAUACGGCACUCAAUUUCUAAGAGAUUACAUGAAAGUGGUCCUUAGUAGUGACAACACAGCUGAUACUUUAUCAGAGUAAAGUAAUUUCUAUUUUAUAGUUUAUUUUGUGUAGCUGGUUUACUCUGUGAAUGUAGUCACACUGUGCUGUUUUAAAUGUAAAUGUAGUUAAACAACUGUGCAAUUAUGUAAAAGAUAUAAUUUGUUCAUUAGAGGUAAAAAAAUAUUCUUACUGGAUGUACUGUAAAUAUCAGAUUUGUAUAGAAAAAACAUAUAUGUAAAUUU